AUUCACGGUAAUAACAGCAAUCAAAUACUGUUUGUGGAAAUCCUAGUGCAAUGGAGGUAUACGUUUGGUUGUGUAUGUGUCUUUUAAUUCAUUCCACACUGCAUGCAUCAUGUUAUUCGGGAAAACUUUUGUUUUCAACCAACUCUCGAAUAAUGGAAUUUGAUUUCGAUACCUAUAGUGCUACUGUACUGUUAGAGCUAGGAAGUACUUCUGUGUAUGCUAUAGACUAUGAUUACCAAAACAGAUACAUUUAUUUUCCAAGAUUCAAUUAUCAAGACAUCGUUCGAUUUGCUUAUCCCUCAAAAAAUACAACAUUACAGACAGUUGUCCAGUCAUUGUCAUAUCCCUCAGGAAUAGCUAUUGAUUCAGCUAAUGAUCAUCUCUACUGGAUUGAUUAUCUUGGAGGCCAACUCUCAAGAUGCAAUAUAGAUGGAAGCAAUGUAACUCUGCUAUCAACUGUUGUGUACCCUCGGGUGAUACGACUUGAAUUUACAAAUAGGUGGAUGUAUAUAGUUGAACAGAGUACAGGAAUAAUGAAGUCUAGAUUUGAUCUAUCUGAAAGGCGAGCGAUCACUAACUUCACAUCCACACCUGUGACUUGCAUGGAUAUAGACAGUGAAGAGAACAGACUGUACUGGAUUAAUCCAGAUGGCGAGAUGAAAUCAUGUAGAGACGAUGGCUCUGAUGCUAAAACAAUACUUCAAACAAAUAUAAGAAGAAACUACUUCGCUAUCAGUGUCGUCGGUAGUUAUAUAUAUUAUGAAAAUUAUGGAAAUCAGUUGUUAAUGUUAAACAAAUCAUCAGGAUCCACACCGACUGUUCUGUAUAACGCUAGCAGUUCUAUUCACAGUAUAUUUGUGUUUAAUCAAUCAGGUAUGUUAACACACAUCUAUAGUCAGAAAUAAUGAUAUCAUACGUCCCACAUUUGAACCCUUUCUUUAUCAUAUUAAAUCGUGAUGCAAAAUAGUUUAGACAUAUUCAAAUGAUAGUUUUUUUUCUAAAUUAUAUCAUGAACCAUUCGACAUUUAGGGAUGAAUACCGACAAUGUAAUUGGAAGAUAUGCGAUAGACACCAACAUCGUAUUCAUAUGAGAAAAUGACAUUUUUUUUGGCAAUAACUGAAAAAUGGUCGUGACAAAAAAUCAAUGUUGAUAUUAAAUGUACGUUCUGAUUGAAUUUUUAUAAUACGAACAGCACGAAAAAAUUAGUUUUGUUGUUGAUGAUGUAUUUAUUAAAUGGGGAACAAAACGUCAAACACUACAACAUUAAACAAGACAUUGCAAACUAUGAGAAAGAACAAAUUCGUUUGUGUUCAGUUAAGAAACUAAACAAAAAGUACUUACUAUUAGUAUUAAAGUUAAUCUUGCAAAUUUGUCAUAACAGUAUAUUUUGUUUUUAUAUGUUUAGAGACUGCUUAUAUUGUAUUAUUGUCCUACGUAUAUUUAUGUGGUUUAUUUCUAAUUACUUGUUGCUUCUUUAUAUUUCAUAUUUAGCGUUUUACUUAGUAUAAAUAUGCUUUGUUACAUGAUUACCAAAAUUAGCAUACUUUGUUUCACCUUAACAUUGGCUGCAAUGCGUUCUAUGCAAACUGCUUCUGGUACAUAGUUAAAGAUACAUUUGUAAUUUAUAUUGUUAUAUCAUCUUCACUGAUACAAUGUAUUAGUAUUGAUUUUGUUUGUUCUUUAAAAAUAGGAGGCGAAAGAUUCCAUAUUGACAUUUAAACUCAUAGAUCGAAAAGACACUAACUUAGAUUUGCCCCUCUUUCACGACUUCAUGAAUUAAAAGGAAAAAGACAGACAAACAAUAGAAAACUAAAUACUAAUUAAAAA